CACGUAGAAAAGUUAAGGUAAUUCACAGUUUCUUUUUUUUUUCUUUUUCUUGUGGAAAUAUCACGCCAUUACAAAGUUUGCAGAAGCUAUAACUAUAUCGAGCUAUAUUUUUCUUCGCAUGAAAGAAAAAUGACACAGUUUGAAGAAUUGCCUGAAGGAUGCAUCGCCACCAUACUCUCUCGUACUACUCCCGUUGACGCCUGCAGACUCUCUCUCGUUUCCAAUACUUUCCAUUCUGCUGCCGAUUCCGACGCUGUCUGGAUUCAAUUUCUCCCUUCCGAUUCUCAAUUCAUGGAUUCUAUCAUCUCUAAUUCUCCUUCACUUGUCAACCUUCCUUCCAAAAAGGCUCUCUACUUAGCUCUAUCGGAUCGCCCUAUCAUCAUCGACAAUGGUCUCAAGAGCUUUCAAUUGGAUAGAAAGAGUGGGAAAAUAUGUUACAUGCUAGGGGCUAGAUCUUUAUCCACUGCUUGGGUUCAUGACGAGCGCUACUGGAAGUGGAUUACUAUGCGUACCUCCAGGUUCCCUGAAGUCGCUAGGCUUCUUAAUGUUUGUUGGCUUGAAUCUCAUGGUACGAUAAACACCAUUACAUUGUCUCCAAAUACUGAGUAUGCAGCUUAUGUUGUUUUCAAGAUGAUUGAUGCCAAAGGAUUUGAGAACCGUCCUGCAAAGUUAUCAGUCUUUGUCGAAGGUGGACAUAGCAGUACAAAAAUUGUAUGUUUGGAUCCUAAUGUGGAAGAUAGGUCUCACAGCAGAGUAGAAGGAUUGGAAUGUCCUAAUGUGAGAAGUGAUGGGUGGUUGGAGAUUGAGAUAGGGGAGUUCUUCAAUUCAGGCAUAGAGAAUGAAAAAGUCAAGAUGGAGGUUUUGGAGAAAGGUAGUUAUUGGAAGAGAGGUCUCUUUGUUGAAGGAAUAGAAGUUAGGCCUAAGUAACACAAUUAAGCAACAUGAACUUGCAUCUUGAGUUACCAUAUAAUUUUGUUUCAAGUAUUGUUACUUGGCACAUAUAGUUAUGGUUGUAAUAUUACUUAUUUUAGUUUAAUAUAUUGGAAUGUGGACUACUACUAUAUAAUUUAUUGUGAUGCAAUACCAAUCUGUUGCCAUUUAUUGAUU